AUGGAGGGCCCCUUUAGGAAGUUCAUUCCAAGCAAUCUUUAUCGAAAUUAUGGAAUUGGUAAAUUGAAUACGUUAGAUUACAUUAUUUCUUUAUUAAUUCCAUUAAUAUGCUACUUAAUUAACUAUCAAUUAUUAUUCCAAGAGAGAAGUUAUAAUUUACUUACCCCAAAUGAAAAAGAUUUAUAUCAAGCUAUUACUUAUUAUAAAGAAAAGAAGUUUUUCUUAAAUGAGCAUCCACUAUUAGGGAUCCAGUUGUAUUCCUUGUUAUCUAAUAAUAUCAAACAUAUGACAUGGCUGUCUUCCAUGUCAGGUUUAAUUUCAUUGUCCUUCGUUUAUCUAACACAGAGGAAAAUGUCAAAUUCAACAUUGAUAUCAACACUAGGAGCAUUAUCAAUUAGUAUCUUACCUGUUUACCAAUCUGAACUAUCCAUGAUCUCUCUGAACACAAUACAGUGGUUCUUCCUAUCUAUUACCCUUUUUUCAAUGACAAACAUGUUAAGCUCGAAACAGCUUUCAAAGAAUUGGUAUUAUCAUUUAUUGGCAUUGUCGGUAUCACUAGGUUGUAAUAUGUCCACAAAGCUUAUAGGAAUCAUGACAUGGUUCUUUAUUUUCUUCGUCAUAUGCAAACACAGUUGGCAAUUAAUUACAGAUAUCCGUAUCUCAACAUAUGAAAUCAUGAAGUACAUUAUUAUAACAUCUUUAUCGCUUAUAAUAAUUCCUGUAUCGAUCUUCCUCGGAUCAUAUUUUAUCUUUUUGAACAAUUCUCAAACAGAUUCCGUUCAAUUCUCCUCGAUGAUGUCACCAUUCUUUCAAUCGUACCUAAGAGAACCCACAUGGCAACCAACUGAAUUAUUAAACGGUACGGUGAUUCAAAUCCGUCAUUCAAACAUGCAAGCUAACCCAUCAGCUUCCUUGUUUUCUUUUUCAUCGUCUAUAACUUUGGGCGAAUAUUUGACUACUAGGAAUAACUCCAAUUAUCCAGAAGGUUCGAAUGAACAAAUUGUGUCCUUGACAAAUGAUGAAUCAAACCCAGAAACACACUGGAUAUUAGAAUUCAUCGAUAACCCAUUGAGGACGCUGCCUUCAUCUUUAUCUGGAUUACUUUCAAAUGAAACGAAUCAUGAAAACGAAUGGCCACUGGAAGACUUACAAAAGAUUAGAAUUAGAAAUAAAUUAACUGGGAAAUUAUUACGUUCAUCAUCAGCUAAGGCACCAGUAAGCGAACAAGAAUAUAACUCUGAAAUUUCCUGUACAGGUGAUUCAUCAUACCUCGGUGAUAGCGAUGAAACGUGGCAAGUGGAUUAUUUUGGUAUGAAACUAUCCAAAAAUAUUCGUAAAAAGAAAAGAAGAGACGGUUUCGAAGGCGCUUUAAUAAUACCACCAAGAAUAAGCCUUCUUAAAUUGGAUAAUGUUGGGCAGGGUUGUACGUUGUUGGGUCAUGAUACAAAAUUGCCGGAAUGGGGGCAGUUUAAUCAAGAAGUGAUUUGUAUUCGAUCUCCAAAUUUGGAAAGAACCUUAUUUCAAUUUAUUCCUGUUGAGAAGUAUAAUUCUCCUUCUUCAAGCAAUGAUAACAAGCAAUUCGAGUUGGUUUCAUUUCUUGAUAUCGUAAAGAAUAGUGACAAGAAAAAUAUUAUCCACUAUUAUUUGAGACUAGUUUCGGAAUUAUUAGAAAAACAAUAUAAAUAUAAUUAUUUUGUUAGAUUAGAGAAAGUCAAAGAUAUGAAUACAUAUGAUGAGGAUGCUGAUAAUAAUCAUCUUGCUCCAGAAAAAUGGGCAUUCCAUACCUUUAGUCAUGAUGAAAGCGAUAAUUUUGGUUUAUUAGGCAAUAUUAUAUGGUUAAGUUCCAUAGUUGGAAUAAUAACAUUUAUAAUCAAUGUUGAUUUCCAAAUAAUGAAAUGGAAUCCAUGGAAAAAAGUUGCACAUACUCCCUCGAUAAACAAAUUAAUAUACUAUCAAUUCGGUAUAGAAUGUUUAUUUGGUUGGUUUAUCCAUUUUUAUAUCUUCACCAAAAGUCCACAUCAAAUUUUGAACAUCGAACUAUACUUCCCAAGUUUCUUAUUUGGCUAUUUACUAUUUACAGAAACAAUCUCACGACUAUACAAUUGGUCGGUUAUGAAAUCCUCUAUCAUUAUGGUAUUAUAUUAUGGAGGAUUCUAUUAUCUACUCAAAUAG